UUGCUUGAAACUGUGCGAUUUGAAUCUAAUAGAAUAAAUAGAUCUUGUAUUUUUGACACUUUUAUUAGCGGAUUUUCCACUGCUAAAAUUUAAGGAAUUCCGUCAUCUACGUUUUUAUUUAUUAUUAAUUUUGAUAGUAUCCUCGACUAUCGUCACUAUGUUUCUUUCCAAGUUGGGACAAAGUGCAGGUUGUGCAGCGAAAUCAAGUGGGUUCCUGAACCAUGCAUCCAGCAGUGGCGCGAUGGGGGUGAUGGCAUCCCGCAGCAAAUACACCCUCCCGGAUCUGCCCUACGAUUACAAUGCCCUGGAACCGGUGAUUUCGGGGGAGAUUAUGAAGCUGCACCACCAGAAGCACCAUGCCACUUAUGUGCAGAAUCUAAAUGCGGCCGAGGAAAAAGCAACCACAGCGCUGCAGAAAGGCGAUUUAAAGACGGCCAUCGAGGUGCAAGGCGCUCUGAAAUUCAACGGCGGCGGCCAUAUUAAUCACAGUAUUUUCUGGAAGAAUCUCGCGCCUGUCAAAGAAUGCAGCCAAAAGCAGCCGGAAGGUGAUCUGGCUGCUGCUAUUAAACGGGAUUUUGGGGAUGUUGAGUCGAUGAAGAAGAAGUUGAGCGAGAAGGCGACGGCCAUUCAAGGAUCGGGUUGGGCGUGGCUGGGAUAUUGUCCCAAAAUGAAGCGCCUGGCCAUUGCACAGUGCGCCAACCAGGAUCCUCUGGAGCCCACUCUCGGUUUGGUUCCCUUGUUGGGCAUCGAUGUAUGGGAGCAUGCCUAUUAUCUGCAGUACAAGAAUGUUCGCGCUGACUAUGUCAAAGAGAUCUGGAAGAUUGUCAACUGGAAGGAUGUCGCUGAGCGGUUCGGACAGGCCGCCGCUGGCAAAUAAUUCUAUCGUGGUGUUGCAUUUCCAACGUUUGUUUGAAGUGGUUUAGACCGAUCGGUUGGCACUUGCUUAGUUAAAUACAUAGUACUUUCUGUUCCACAUUAUGAAUGCAUGAAACAUGUUUGGCACCUGCUAAAUAGCACUGCACCUUUUUGGGGAGGAUACCUAGAUUCUUCGUACAGGCCGCCGCUAGCAAAUAACUGCUUUGUCUUCAAUGGGCAAUUUCAUCCUCUUUUAAAAUGAAACCGCUCUGAUUCACAGAGGCUUUGAUACCCAUUUUCUUUUUGACAUUCUGAUUGUAUAAAUCAAUUACGUUCGUCAGAUGUGAAUAUAGCUGCACCUUUUUA